AUGUCGCACAACAUGUAUCACAAAGAACCGAAAUUAGAAGCACCAAACAGCGACUACGCAACUCAACAACAUCAACGCGGCAUGCAUCAGCGCAGGACUCAUUUGCCCCAGAGUUCUCUUAUGGAACAGAUCGCGGAAAUUGCCCGAAAUCCAAUGAAUCGCUCGCCAGAAGAGAUGCGAGAGCACUUUCUGAACAUGAAGGCUGAGCUUGGGAACAUCAGAGAGCGUAUUAAAAACUCCCCUGCUUUGGACUCGCUGCGGGAAACACAGCAACUCCAGUUGGAAGUUGUUCAAGAGCAGUUGAGGAUGAAACAAGAGCUGAUUCAGCGACUCAAGGACUCUGAUCUGGACAAAGACACAGCGAUGGAGCUGAUGUCUCAAUAG